AUGCCUCCGCGACAACAUCAAACCAGACAAGCCCAUCGAGUUGUGUGUACAUGUGUUGCUUACGAAUGUUCUCAGCAACAAUAUCCCGACGCCAACGGAACCUACCACCCUGGGGUUGAGGUUUUGCCUGAGACACGUGCUGCUCACCAACGCGCCGAUUUUCGAAACAGCUUACCAAAAUCGCCUCGUACACCAGGUCACUCAAACGAAUCAUCAAUUAAUUUGGCUCAAGAUAAUCUGCUUUCACCCUUGAGACAAUUACGUAUAACCUCAUCACCUUCUACUCCGCGCAAUGAUCAACAUGUAGAUGAUGAACUUACUCACGGAAGAUCAUCAAUACAUCAUUCAAGUCAACCAGAUGAAGAAACUUCAAGUCAAGCGGCCGAGGUAGAGUCACCAACAAUCCCUGCAACCGAUUCUCUUCCCAAAUCUCAGAAGUCAACCAAAACAUGCUCUGAGGCAGCCUUAGCAAAAUCUUCAGGUCAAACGGUGUUUGAUUGUGAUCGUUUUCAUGGAUCCGACUUAAAAUCGGCGAAUCCACUCAUUCUUCAUACUGCUCUCACAGCUUCCAUUCUCGACAUAUUUGGACAGUCCUCAAAUUCAAUCACGAAAUGGUUCCUUGAUAUCCAGAUCAUCACGAUUGAGCUGUCUACAACAUAUGGAAUCUUACCUACGAAGUCAUCGAUCCGGCAGAUUCUUCCUGAAGAAGCUGCCACUCUCAAGAAAAUCCCUAGUUCAGCUACAACAACCUUCCGAUGGUUAAAGCUUGAUCCAGUCCUACAAUACCUGAACUGCUGCUCCUCGUGCUUUGCGAUGUACCCCGAGAAUAGCGCACCGCCUCAAUGUCAUCAUCGUAUUGCAAAUAUCCCGGGUGGACCUUCUGAUUCCGUUGAUCCAAACAACGACGCCGGUUCUCCUCCAUCAGAAGACAACGACCCAGAAUUUUCAGACUCAAUAUGUGGCGAGCCUCUAUUCAAAUAUGUUCGUGGUGUACAGAAGCCUGCUCGCCGUCUAUCUUCUUGGCAUGUUCGACGUUUUUGGGCGAUGAAGGAUCUUCAAAAUGACGAAGAGAAGCUACCACCAAUUAGUACUGUCGAGCUUCUGAAGCUCGUUGCUGAGCAUUCAGAACCUUUACCUCAUCGUCCCAAUUCACCCGCACUUGAUUCUGAAAGAGACCCCGAAGGACUGGAUCAAAAUAUUAACGAUGUCGAAACGAACCAUGUGUAUGGCGUCGCCCAGAUGAUUGGGCCCUACUGA